UGUUCCAAAUGCAGGGCUAAAGAUUCUAAUCGAUCACACCAUUUCAUGUACAAACAUGGCGGACACGCACUCACUCCUCACCGUUGGUGGCGACAGAACAACAGGCCAAUCUGUCCGAACACAAAAUGUUAUGGCAGCAGCCACAAUUGCCAAUAUAGUGAAGAGCAGUCUUGGACCUGUAGGUCUUGACAAGAUGUUGGUGGAUGAUGUGGGGGAUGUUACAAUAACAAAUGAUGGUGCAACAAUAUUGAAACUCCUUGAAGUUGAACAUCCAGCAGCAAAGGUGUUGGUAGAACUGGCUGAUUUACAGGACCAAGAAGUGGGCGAUGGAACUACAUCCGUGGUGAUAAUAGCAGCAGAGCUAUUGAAGAAUGCAGAUGAGUUGGUGAAACAGAAGAUCCACCCAACAUCUAUCAUCAGUGGCUACAGACUCGCUUGCAAGUAAGAAAUUGACAAGAUGUUAUAAGGCCUAAAAAGGUUUAAUGAGAGUACCGUUUUCAA